AUGUCCGAUGAAGAUCUCGACGGUGGAUUUGAGGAUGUGGAAGAUGAUGAAAGUAUACGCGCUGGCAGCAAAACUGAGGUGAAUGAGAUUGAUGACGACGAUGCUGCAAAGAAUACGUACGAGCGCAUGGCUCCUGAAGGGGGAAGCGCAUCAUCACAUGGAACCUCUUCUCUUUACACGCUUCCAUCGAACGAGGAAAUUCAUGGUCUCCAGGAAACCAGUGAUUUGUACAUGAACAACAUGUUCAAGCUGCAGCUCGAUGAAAUGCUCAAGUACAUUCACCCUUCUGGUGGCCACAAACAAGCAAUAGAGCAUUUGCUCCGGAGCCUGCAAGCUUGCAUCAUGUGUGUGCCAAAGAUCGACCCGCAACCGCUCAGCAAAGCCGUCCAAGAACUGACGUCCCGCGUAGGACACAGUGUGCAUAUACCGCUUGUUGAACCUGUACCGCGAGAAGAUCCUGCGUACAUGAUUGCCUUUGAACCGCCGGAGGCGUUAAAUCUUGUCGGAAGCUGGCCGCUACAUACCGUAACGCGGCGUGUAGGUGAGAUGGACGUCGAUAUGGAAGUGGUCAUGCCGUCCAAGCUGUUCCAGGAAAAAGAUACCUUGAAUGCUCGCUAUUUUACGAAGCGCGCAUUUUAUCUCGCCGUCAUACUCGCAUACGUGGAGCAGAACCACGCAGCCUUGGGUGUGCGUGCCGAGUGGCUGUAUGUGGGAGGCGAUCCAAGGCGUUCCUGCCUUGUGCUUAGGCCCACGCCCGAAGCACACGACCUGAUCAAAACACACACAGUCGUGCGGAUUCACGCCGCUCACGCGCCAGGGACAUUUCCUACAUCGCGACUCGCGCCGAACCGCAACAAUAUGCGCGGUUCGGCGAUUGGCGCGUCCGACCAAGACACCGCAUCACUUCCUCCCACACCCAUAUACAAUGCGUGUAUUGCAGCCGAGUCACUCCGUCUUGCACAUCUCGUGUACCUGCAUGCCACAUCGGAAUGGUGCAAGGGCUUUGCAGAGGCAUGCCAGUUGCUAAAAAUUUGGGCUACACAGCGUGGAUUCGGUGCGCUACACCUCUUGCACGAGCAUGAUGACAAGCAUGCUACGCGCCGCGUCGUUGCAGGCACAGAUGAUGCGCGCUUCGUUUUGUGUAUGGUGCUUGCACAUCUCCUGCAUGGCGAGCCGAAAGUGACUGACACUAACAUGGAAGCCGGAUCCUACCCUGGCGUUCGGAUGCGAACGAAGCUUUCCCCAGGCCUGUCAAGUGUGCAGUUGUUCCGCGGUGUGCUCGAGUAUCUCGCGAAAAACUCAUUUGCCACACCUGUUUGGAUGAAAGCACAGCCAAGCUACGGCCUUGCUCCUGCAACAGACAUUUCUCCCGCAUCGUUCGCUGGUGUGUUCGAGCGAACCCUUGUUGAUCCAAGUGGAUGUGUAAAUCUGUUCGCGCAUUGGCCAGCUGCAUCUGUUGACCUUUUGCAACUUGAUGCUGCGCAGUCAAUGCGUAUGCUUAGUGAUGGCAGCGAUCACUUUGCCGACUUGUUCCUCGUCCCCCAGUGUACGCCGCUCCAGCGCUUCGACGAGACAGCGUCGAUGCAUCUGAACCUACAUGCACGUGGCUCGCUCGUGCACCGUCUGGAUGCCGGCUCACCGUCGCUUUGGGCCAUCCGGCGUGUCUUGGAUGUGAGUGGGCAUGCGCUAGGACGGCGUGCGCGCGUUGUGGCUAUCUGUACAAACCCUCAAAAGACAUGCACAACGGAGCAGCAAGCCUCUGGUGGCAGCGCUAGUCCCAAAAUCGUCGAACUUGGUAUGUGGCUAAAUGCAGAGCAUGCAUGGCACCAAGUCGAGCAUGGCCCGUCCCCUGACUCGCCAGACGCUGCGGCUUUCCGUGCUUUUUGGGGCAGCGUCGCUGAGCUGCGUCGAUUCCGAGAUGGGCGUGUGCGAGAAAGCAUUGUAUGGCCCGUGUCGACUCUUGCUCAGCGGCAAAGCAUUCCUCGCCAAAUCGUACGAUAUGCGCUCACACAGCAUGCAUGUGCGAAGCGGAUCCGAUUUUCCGGCGAUGCAUUUGUUGGCUGGCUCGACGUGCCGACAUCCUUGGCACAACGUGUGUAUUCCAAGGACCCGAGCGUCCAUGGUUUCCAGCUACUUCAAACUGCCUACGAUACAUUGGCCCGCGAACUGCGUGCAAUGGACGAGCUGCCGCUCUCCGUGACUGGCGUCACGCCCGCUGCCGACGCUCUCCGAAGUAUGAGUGUGUUUGUCCCAGGGCCAAGGGACGUAACGGAAUGGGGGCAUGACGUGCCGGAUGUCAUGACGUAUGUGCCUGUACACGAUGUGAUAAUUACCAUGGAAAGCUCCGGCCAAUGGCCCGAUGACUUGGCUGCUAUCCAGGAAAUGAAGACAGCUCUGUAUGAGCGCAUGGCUGAUGUACUAAGUCGCCGCAUGCCAGGCACCAAAAUGCAGGUUGUGUACGACUCAGAUGCCACGGCCCACGAUGCCAUUUACGAUCAGACUUGUCUGCAAAUCUUAAUGCCAACAGGCUUUGCGUUUGCUUUGCGCGUUCAUCAUGACCGCGAACAAGUGUUGCUGCAUCGCUUGCUGAACGACAAGCAUGCGCGUGCACGUGCACAGGCCGCUUUGCGUCGAUAUGACAUGCGCUUCGUACAUGCGCCGACACACCACGCAGCAUUGCAAGCAUUGCAAGAUCAUUUUCCGGCCUUGGGACCUACGGUGCGCUUCGUACGCCGCUGGUUCGCAUCGCAGCUGCUCUCGACUCAUUUCCGUGCCGAAGCCAUCGAGCUCUUGUGUGUGGCUGUGUUCCUGACAAAUGCUCAUGGGCCGCCGACGACCGGUAUGCAUGGGUUUGUGCGUGCACUGGACCUGCUAGCCCGCUGGGACUGGCGCGAGACACCGCUUCUAAUUCCGCUGGAAAAUGCAACACGCCUCGCACAUCACCGCAAGGCUGCUCUGUCUGACGGGGGAAGUGCACUGCCAGACGAGACGGCUCCCGCAUUCCCUGCUGCCCAGCGCGCAGACGUUGAGCAACACUUCCGCACCAUUCGUGCACGCGAUCCAGCCUUUCGACACUCCACCUGGGUGCUUGCAACAGAGAUGGACUUGGAUUCCAAGGCUUGGACACAUUCGGCGCCCACAGCCAUGGUCGCUGAUGGCGUGAGGCAACUAGCGAAACGGUCCUUGCAUGUGCUCAAGCAAGACACGAGCAUAAGUACACCGCUUGUACGCAUGCUCAUGACACCUGCAGUGGAGGCGUAUGACUUUGUCGUCCAUGUCCAGCCGAGUCUUCAUGUACGCUACGCCGAAUCCAUUGCGCCUGACUCGACACAUUGGCUUGCUACGCGCAAAAAACGCGUAUAUGCGAAUCUCGACGAUACGCCUUUGCGGCCGUCUGUGUAUGGCAGCGAAGUCAGGCCGGGCUUCGAUCCCGUAUACGAAUUUGUCACCAUGCUGCAGACCAUCUAUGGCGAUGCGUUCGUCCUCUUUUACGAUGAGUUUGGCGGCACGGUCAUCGGCGGUCUUUGGAAUACCGCUUAUACAAAGCCGCACACAUUCAAAGUGUCAUUGCCUUAUACGUCUCGGCCCCAUGCCAAGGGCGUAGUACUGAACCGACCAGCCAUUCUUGCAGAGAUUCAGCGUCUAGGUCAGGGCAUCGUUGAGCGAAUUGAUACCAAGACAUAG